AUGUCUCUGUACCUUGAGCCUGAGGAGCUUCGUGACGCUCUUAAUAAGCUUGCGAGAGACCCCUUUACCGAAGAGAUGCUCAGCAGACGGUUCAGAGAGGCCUACUCUCCAUUUGAGCCAGCGGUUCAGCGUCAUGCUGGCGUCGAACAUGACCUCCGGGUGCCACAAAUGCCCGAUACUCCUUACUCCGCUUACCAAAAGACGCCUCUGCCAUCUGUGGCUACUGGUCAGACAACUUUCACUCCCAAGUGCACCGUGCCCGAUGAUCUCGACAAAAAUAAAGGUCUGGCAGCGCAUACUCUCGAGACUGUUGGACAAAUGAGUUUGAGAGAGCGGAUCAGCACUUGGCGCAGAUCUUCCUGCCAUGGACGGUACAUGUCUGUUGCAACGAAUGGAGGUGUGCCUUCUAUGCCAAUGGCCGAUGAAUAUAAGGGCUCUCCUAGCGUCGACCAGCUGGAGAUGCCCACUGCAAUUGCCAGUUCCUACAGCUGCUCUGACGAUGGUGAUUGUAUCCAUGCGAAUGGAGACAUCGAGGUUAAAGGCGCUCGUGCCAGCCCUAUCGAGAAAAUGACUUCCAUCAUCCCUAAGGCCAACAAGACGAAGAAAGACUCCAAACAGGCCUACAAAACUAAUAACGGCGCCAAAGCCAAGCGUGGACGAGAAGAACUUCCCGAUGUCCCUCACGGCUCUCCUGAUGAGUCCCAUGAGCCCAUCGAUCCGAAGGGUUUCUUCACCAAAAGACGCCGCAGCGCCCGCAUAGCGGCUCUCGAAAAGAAGGACAGCAAGUGA